CAUCUGCCCCACAAAUUAUCUGUGCACGUCACUCUGCAUGUAAACACACUGAUUAAUACAUGUUUGUAUCUUCCAGGUCCAGCAGUCGUCACAGUGGAACAAGACAGAGAUGUUAUUUUACCCUGUUCCCUCAGCACCAAGGAGAACAUUGAGUCAAAACUGUUUGACUGGAAGAAAGCUGCUCAGAAAGAUGGAAAAAACAAGGAGGUGUUCUUUUAUGAUGCAGGCAUCCAUUACAGCAACGGGCGAGCAGGUCAGAGUGAGGAGUUCAAAGGUCGAGUCUUUCAUUUUCAAGAAGAGCUGAAACAUGGCAACGCCUCCCUCAUCAUCAGAAAUACAAAGAUGGCCGACAGUGGAGACUACACCUGUGUUUUUCCACUUCUUCAGCCACGUCAAACGUUCCACAUUAAGCUUGUUGUUGAUGGUGUCUUAACCUCUUGAGGGUCAUUUUGAUUAUGUGCAUUUCUGUCUCUUAAUACCUUCACAUGUUAAACUGUAUAAUACCAGGACCAUGAGGAGCUGAUACAUGUAAAUUACAUCACUGUAAAACAAACACUCAGUAGGUUUCAUCAGGUGUGUUGAUCUCACUUCAGACUCUGACAGAGUUCAAUAUGUAAAAUAUU